CCGAUAUAAAAACACCAAAACAUCCGAGAAUCGGUACAGUCACCACUCGACCCAGUCAACACAGGCAUCAUGAACUCUUUCAGUGUGGUAUUCGCCUUUGCCCUGGCCGCUGUCGUUGUAGCCGAGCCACCGUCCGGCUACAACUACAACCGACCCAGCGGCGGCGGCGGCCUCUCCUUCGGGAGCAGCGGCCUCUCGUCGCUCGGCGGGGGUGGACUGUCCUCGGGAGGCGGUGGAUACACGUCAGUGUCUACCGGCGGUCAGACGAACGAAGGGGCCUCCGUGGACCCGCAGCUGCUCGAACAGGUCCGCCAGAUCUUGCUCAGAGAGGAGCAACAGGGCGCAUCGAGCGGCGGCGCCGGCGGUCACUCCGCUCCAUCGUCGCAGUACGGCGCGCCGUCGCCCCAAUACGGGGUGCCCAGCUACCAGUACCGCGUCACCGGCAUCGAUCUCGAAGGCAUCAAGCAAGCCAUCCAGGUGGCCCAGUACAACCAGGUGUCUCAGGGACCGUCGUUCGGAGGCUACCCCAGCGGACCCAGCUCCCUGCCGUCCGGGUCUUACGGAGCCCCUUACUAAGGCUCUAGAACUGAUUAUGUGAAUACCAUCUCUUUCCAUCUCAGACGGGUCAUGAUGCAUUCAAUAAAUUUAACAUCUCUACAAGCAAACAACAUCUAGCAUUGAAUGUU